AAAAGAGUUCUUGGUAUUAAAACAAGAGAGAACAAUUGAGGAAGAGGAGUUAAGAAAGAAGUCUUUUUCUUUACACCACUUUAAGACAUUUUAGCAGAUGGAGAAAAUAAUUGUCUUUUUCAUCUGUUUCCUAGCAGCUGCUGGCAAAGCUGAACAAGCAGAAAUUAUACUGAAGUACGACCAGCCCUCUCUGCGGAUUCCUGUCUCGCACACAGCCACUGUACGAUGCUGUUACAGCUGUAAACAGUGUAAACCAGGCAUGAAAUGGUUCCUGACUGUUUCUACCAACAAAACUUUUAUCAAUGAUACCAAACGAAUGACGCAGACAGGGGAUGAAAAAAAUAAUGAAAUGUGUAAUAAUCUGAAGCUGGAAAAUGUCACUUUAAAUGAUACAGGUCUAUAUCAGUGUUCUCUAACACAGGCAGGUCACAUUGUCUUUACGCCUGGCACCUUCCUUCAUGUAUAUGAGCCCAUGCGGAAGACCCUGAACAUCAGUGAGAGCGCUAAGAACAGCAUCAUAACUGCUGAAGGUGUACUCCUGCUGAUCUGUGUGGUGCUUCCUGGCACCUUACUUCUCUGCAAGUCAAAAGGCAUAAACGAGCUGAACAAAAUAAAAGGCAAGGAAGAAGAAAAUAUUUAUGAGGGUCUCAACCUGGAUGAGUGCAACUCCACCUAUCAUCAGAUCCAGUGCUCUCAGCAAGGACCAUAUCAGGAUGUGAUGAACAGUGGAGAGGACAUUCAGCUGGAGAAGCCAUGAAUGACUGGUGGUGAUGAGUCAAAAAAAAGAUGUACAUUAAAAUGGUUACUUUUUAUAUAAUAAAAUUCUGAACAUGUAUACCAACAAUUGCUAAGAAUAAAGAUGGUAAUGAUAAUUAAUGUCUAAUCAUAAAUGAAUGUAGAAAAACAUCUGAGAGAGAUAAUGUUUAAGUAGUUUUGUAUGAUUAAAUAUGAUUUUAUUGUUGUACAAUAUCCCCAUUUGCAAAAAAAAUGUGAACAUAAGAAGAAUUGCAUGUCUUGGACCUUGUGGGAGGAAACUGAAGCACCCGGAGGAAACCCAGACGGACACAGGGAGAAUGUGCAAACUCUACACUGAAUGGACCCUGGCCUUCUGGCAGGAAAAUCAAACCUAGACCCUUAUUGCUGUAAGGCGACAGCACUAGCCACUGUGCCACCAUACUGCCCAGUAGGAAGACAAUGUGAUUUGUUAAUUCACUCAAACUUUCAUAUACUUAAUAAAAGUUUUAAAAAUA